ACAUUUCAUCUUUUCCCCUGGGGUUUGCAACUCUCUCCCCAGUCUCGGUCACUGCCUUGGGUUGUACCACUUCCCUCUUCUUCUCCCCUGCACCUCCCUCAUCUUUCCUCUGUGAUGACAUCGUCCCGGGGAAGAGAAGCUCAGAGGAACUCAUCACUCAGCUAGCUUCAGGAGCCAUGACAUCAUCUCUACCAUGGAAAUUCCACUCACUCUCCUGUGCCCCUACAUUUGUCCCAGGCCUCGGAGUCCCUAUAAAGCGAGGUUCCCAACUCAGUAUCAGCACAGGACGCAGCUGGGUUCUAAAGCUUCUGAGCUCUGCAGCCUCGCCUCUGAGACAACUUCUCUUUCACCAAUACCAUGAAGCUCUGCGUGACUGUCCUGUCUCUCCUCGUGCUGGUAGCUGCCUUCUGCUCUCCAGGGCUCUCAGCACCAAUGGGCUCAGACCCUCCCACCGCCUGCUGCUUUUCUUACACCGUGAGAAAGCUUCCUCGCAACUUUGUGGUAGAUUACUUCGAGACCAGCAGCCUCUGCUCCCAGCCAGCUGUGGUUUAAAUUCAGUGGGUGGAAGUUACAGGGAGUCUGGUUCCAGUGCUGCCCCAGGAAGGAUUCCAUCCAUCAGAGCUGCCCUGCACAGACCAUGGUCAGGCAGAGGAUGAUGCCUACCACAGGCAAGGGCUAAAGCCAGGUGACCUCAAAGGUUCCAUGGGAUUCUAAUCUGUCCACUCCUUGUUCUACAGAUUCCAAACCAAAAGAGGCAAGCAAGUCUGUGCUGACCCCAGUGAGACCUGGGUCCAGGAGUAUGUGUAUGACCUGGAACUGAACUGAGCUGCUCUGGGCUCAGAGACAGGAAGUCCUCAGGGAAGGUCACCUGAGCCUGGAUGCUUCUCUGUGAGACGCAUCUUCUCCAUACUCACGACACCUCUCCGCAGCUCCUGUUCCUUCUCCUAAUUUAAUCUUUGUUGUGUGCUGUUUUAUUGUAUUAGGUAUUAUUUCCAUUAUUUAUAUUGUUUAGCCAAAGGAUAAGUGUCCCCUAUGGGGAAGGUCCAUUGUCACAGUUUCUUUGCUGUUGCAAAUACAUGGAUAACACUGUUGAUUCCCUGGGUUUCCAUAAUAAAACUUUGAAAUAAAAUGCA